CAAUCUUCUUAGGGUGGUAGUCGGGAAUAAAAACCUACAGCCCCGAGAAUCCGCUCCCUCCAUGUCGUCGGAUUGAAUCUCUCAGCUCUCUCGCAUCUCUCUCUUUCUCGGCUUUACCCUUUCUUCUUCUCCGGCCGGUUUUCUGGCUCAAGCUAUGCUGCAAUAUAUUGUGAGGAGAGCUGCCUCAAGAGCAACAAACAUUACUACGAAACCAAAAUCUGCUGUUUUAGCUGAUAUAAGCUGUAGUAGCAGUGAUAUGGCAGUUUUACAGGUAAAGUUCUAUGGAACCAUUGGUGUGAAUGAGCCUCACUGCAGCCAAGUUGCUCGGCAGAUGAUUCAGUAUGCCCUUAGGCACGCUAGGUCUCAGAAAUCAGGAGAUUCAUACACACAAUCACUAAUGGUGCUGGAGCAAGGGAUUUCCAACUUAAGAGGAGGAGAUUCCACUGAGGAUGCAUUGGGGAUGCUUAUGCUUGCAAUGUCUACUUUACUUUAUGAAAGAGGCGAGCUUCAAGAUUCCAUCGAAAAGCUUCAGAUGGUUCAUGAUUUGGACGGUGGGUCUCUUGCCAUAAAAGUUGCUGCACGGGAAGCUCUGAUAGGUCUAAAUCUUGAGGCAGGGCAGGAUUUCUCUUCGUUGGCCCUCUCAAAUGACUGCCUCCAAUUGUUGAGUAGUAGCUCCGGAGGCAAUUUAUCUAUAUUGGAGGCUACAAGCUCUCGGGCUAAAGCUAUCAAAGGACUAACUCAUCUUAUUCUUGGAGAACUUAAAUCGGCGGAAGCACUCUUUAGUGAUUGCAAAGUGGAUUUUGUGGACAGUACAGAUCAAAUAGGAAAUAUUUCCCUCAGUUAUGGGGAAUUUUCACAUGCUACAGGCAAUUUAUCAUUGGCAGAGGAUUUAUAUGAAAAAGUGCUAAGUGUUCCUGAGAGAGAUGCUAUUUCAGAUAAUUCUUUUAUGUCAUCCUCAAACAUGGUUUCUGAGGAGGUUCUUUUGGGAGCUACUUGUGCACUAGGUCAGCUUCUGUCCCAUUUGGGGAAGUUUAGCGAGGCAGAGGAGCUGCUGACAAAGGCACUUACCAUGGCUGAAAGUCAUUUUGGUACAGGCCAUCCUAAGGUUGGGGUUAUUUUGACUUGUAUAGCUUUGAUGUAUAAACAAAAAGCCAAAUUUGAGGCUUCAAGCGCUAUAUUGAUACAGGAGGGGCUAUAUAGAAGAGCUUUAGAUAUACUAAAAGCUCCAGCUUUAGAUAGCCAAGAUUCUGUCAAUGAGCUUGCAAAAAGGGACAUUAUAGCACUGGCAAGAGGUGGGUAUGCAGAAACCCUCUGCAUUCAACAGAAGAGAAAAGGAGAAGGCGAAAGGAUGAGGAAAUGGGCGGAGGCUAAUUGGAGGAACCGCCGCAUGUGUCUGGCUGAAGCGUUGGAGAUAUCUCAACCUUCUAAAUCUCCUGUUGUCGAUACCCGCAUUUGCAGACUUCUUUAGUUAACUCCCAUUUUUUUACUAGUUUUGAUGCAUAAAUAAAAGAAGCAGCUUUGCUGAGAAUUUAUAA